AAGGAAAGAAAGAAGAAAAGGAAGGAAGCCAGCUAGAGUCGGAGAACUCACUAUACUCAGGCUACUCAGGAAGCAGACAGCAGGGCCUUGCUUUUCCCAGGAAGCUGAGGAGCUCUCCGCCUGGCCUGGCCUUGGCAGCAGGCAGAUUCAAGGAAACUGGAGGCGUGCUGUGUGGAUCGAUCAUGGUGCAAUGAGGGUGGUGUGUCAGAGCAUGCUGCCUAAUGCCUCCAAUGCUGUGGCCUGUGCAUCCUCUUCCCGGUAUUGGAUGAAGGCUGGAAACACCCCAUCCACUGUCCAGAGGAUGGAGCCCUGGGGUCUGGAGAGGACAGGACAUGUGAGAGGCAGAGCCUUCCAUCCCCAUCCCUCAGGCCCCACCCUCCUGCCUCUGCCAGCCUCCCCCACUGCGCCUCAGCAGGCCACAGAAGCCCCUGGGAACUGCCUUCCAACCCCAUUUGCUGCCUCCUCUUCCUCCUCCUCCCCACUCCUAAAACCAGAAAGCUAUCCUCACUGCUGAGCACCUCUGACUGGUCAUCAAUUCAGUGAGGCCCUGGGACCUAGGAUGGAUGGGUGUGGGGUGGUCCCGGCCCUAUAGGGGGAAGGGAGAGGACAGGGCUGGGAGUGGGUCCCUGGAUAGCCUUGACACAGCACUUACCCUCCAGCUGUACUUCAGUCCCUGGGAAGAGAGGGAGGAGGGCAGGAUCUAAGAGGCCAGCCAGGGCCCCACAUUCAAGCACGGGGAGACUGAGUCCCUGAUUUUAGAAUGACAACAUGGCUUAAGAGGGGAAAAUGGCUUAGGCCUUGGAGUUACACAGAUUUGGGUUUAAGUUUAGACUCUCACUUAUUAGUGGGCUACCUUAGGCACAUCACCUAACCUUCUUAGAUUUAUGUCAUUGAUACAGUAAAUGAGUAGUGCUGUGCAUCUUUCAGGGUUAUUUUUAAAAUUAGGUAAGAUGAAAUCUAGAAGCAUCUAGCAUAGAGAACUUAGUAAGUUCUCAGUCUAUAGCAAAUAGUAAUGUUAUUUUUUUUUUUUUAUCAUUGGUGGUGUUUUUGCUGUUAGAAAAGCCCAAUUAUCCCAGGGAGCAAAGCAUUUUUCUGUCAGGCUGUAGGGCUUGACGUAGGAGGUGACCCAGAAGCAGGGAUCAGAGACCAGGCCUAGAGGAGGGAGAGACAAGGAGCCUCCUGGUGAAAGGCAGCUGGACCAUAGGGCAGAUGGGGCCACCACAUCCCCAAAUAUAAGGCCUCUUAUUGGACCAGGCCCAAAUGGGGAUUGAAUGAUGUCCACUUGCACCUUCACCUGUUCCCUGUUCAAGCCUGAGAGGGAUGCAGAGCCUUAGCGUGGACUCUGUCCUGGGAGACUCAGUGCAGGCCUGCUGCUGCCGAGCUAGCAUUCACCACCCAGCCCAGGCUUCUCACCAAGCCUCUGAGACCAGCUCUUCGAGGAUUCUCCACCAUUUCCUUUGCGGCCAUCACCAGUGGCCGCAGCUCUUUCUCCCAUGCCUCUUAUCCCUGGGAGGGCCAGGAGAUUUCACGUCACUGCCUGUUGCCACAUCUUAACCAUUGCUCCUCUGCCCUCAGAUAAAAAUGCUCAAGAAUGGGUACUCCCUCAGCUCCUCUUCCUCACUGUCUUCUGUAAGCCCUUGGUCACUGCCUCAUAAUUAUUACCAUGUCAUUCUCCUCCUCCUGCUCCCCUUCCUGCCACUCUUCCUCCCCCUCCCACUCCUGCUCCUCUUCCCACCACUCUCCCCCUCCUCCUGCUCCUCUUCCUGCCUCUUCCUCCCCCUCCUCUUGUUCCUCUUCCUGCCACUCUUUCCCCUCCUCCUGCUCCUCUUCCCGAUACUCUUCCUCCCCCUCCUGCUGCUCCUCUGAACACCACUCUCCCUCCCUCUCCUCCUGCUCCUUUUCCCACCACUCUUCCUCCCCCUCCUCCUGCUCCUCUUCCUGCCACUCUUCCUCCCUCUCCUCCUGUUCCUCUUCCUGUGACUCUUUCCCCUCCUCCUGCUCCUAUUCCUGCCAUUCUUCCUUCCCUUCCUCCUGCUCCUCUUCCUGCGACUCUUUCCCCUCCUCCUGCUCCUAUUCCUGCCACUCUUCCUUCCCUUCCUCCUGCUCCUCUUCCUGCCAUUCUCCCUCCCCAUCCUCCUGCUCUUCUUUCCGCCACUCUUCCUCCCCUUCCUGCUCCUCUUCCCGCCACUCUUCCUCCCCCUCCUCCUGCUCCUCUUGCCGCCACUCUUCCUCCCCUCCUCCUGCUCCUCUUCCCGCCACUCUUCCUCCCCUCCUCCUGCUCCUCUUCUCGCCACUCUUCCUCCUCCUCCCCCUGCUCCUCUUCCCACCAUUCUCCCUCCCCCUCCUCCUCUUCCUGCCACUCUUCUCCUCCUCCUCCUGCUCCUCUUCCCACCACUCUUCUCCUCCCCCCCCUCCUGUUUCUCUUCCUGCCACUCUUCCUUCUCCUCCCCCUGUUCCUCUUCCUGCCACUCUUCCCCCUCCUUCUGCUCCUAUUCCUGCCACUCUUCCUCCCCCUCCUCCUUCUCCUCUUCCCACCACUCUUCCUCCCCCUCCUCCUGUUCCUCUUCCUGCCACUUUUCCCCCUCCUUCUGCUCCUAUUCCUGCCACUCUUCCUCCCCCUCCUUCUGUUCCUCUUCCUGCCACUCUUCCCCCUCCUUCUGCUCCUAUUCCUGCCACUCUUCCUCCCCCUCCUCCUGUUCCUCUUCCUGCCACUCUUCCCCCUCCUUCUGCUUCUAUUCCUGCCACUCUUCCUCCCCCUCCUUCUGUUCCUCUUCCCGCCACUCUUCCUCCUCCUCCUGUUCCUCUUCCUGCCACUCUUCCUCCUCCUCCUGUUCUUCUUCCUGCCACUCUUCCUCCCCCUCCUCCUCCUGCUCCUCCUCCUGCUCCUCUUCCUGCCACUUUUCCUCCCCCUCCUCCUGUUCCCCUUCCCGCCACUCUUCCUCCUCCUUCUGCUCCUCUUCCCACCAUUCUUCCCCCUCCUCCCUCUGUUCCUCUUCCCACCACUCUUCCCCCUCCUCCUUCUGUUCCUCUUCCCGCCACUCUUCCUCCCCAUCCUCCUGCUCCUCUUCCCACCACUCUCCCCCUCCUCCUGCUUCUCUUCCUGCCACUCUUCCUCCCCCUCCUCCUGUUCCUCUUCCUGCCACUCUUUCCCCUCCUCCUGCUCCUAUUCCUGCCAUUCUUCCUCCCCCUCCUCCUGCUCCUCUUCCUGCCACUCUUCCUCCCUCUCCUCCUAUUCCUCUUCCUGCCACUCUUUCCCCUCCUCCUGCUCCUAUUCCUGCCACUCUUCCUUCCCUUCCUCCUGCUCCUCUUCCUGCCAUUCUCCCUCUCCCUCCUCCUGCUCCUCUUCCCACCACUCUUCCUCCUCUUCCCGCCACUCUUCCUCCCCCUCCUCCUGUUCCUCUUCCUGCCACUCUUCCCCCUCCUCCUGCUCCUCUUCCCGCCACUCUUCCUCGCCCUUCUCCUGCUCCUCUUCCCGCCACUCUUCCUCCCCCUCCUCCUCUUCCUGCCACUCUUCCUCCUCCUCCUCCUGCUCCUCUUCCCACCACUCUUCUCCUCCCCCUCCUCCUCCUGUUUCUCUUCCUGCCACUCUUCCUUCUCCUCCUCCUGCUCCUCUUCCUGCCAUUCUCCCUCCCCCUCCUCCUGCUCCUCUUCCCACCACUCUUCCUCCUCUUCCCGCCACUUUUCCUCCCCCUCCUCCUGCUCCUCUUCCCGCCACUCUUCCUCCCCCUCCUCCUGCUCCUCUUCCUGCCACUCUUCCUCCCUCUCCUCCUGUUCCUCUUCCUGCCACUCUUCCUCCCUCUCCUCCUGUUCCUCUUCCUGCCACUCUUCCUCCCCCUCCCCCUGCUCCUCUUCCUGCCACUCUUCCUCCCCCUCCUCCUGUUCCUCUUCCUGCCACUCUUUCCCCUCCUUCUGCUCCUAUUCCUGCCACUCUUCCUCCCCCUCCUCCUGUUCCUCUUCCUGCCACUCUUCCUCCUCCUCCUGUUCCUCUUCCCGCCACUCUUCCUCCUCCUCCUUUUCCUUUUCCUGCCACUCUUCCUCCCCCUCCUCCUCCUGCUCCUCUUCCUGCCACUUUUCCUCCCCCUCCUCCUGUUCCCCUUCCCGCCACUCUUCCUCCUCCUGUUCCUCUUCCCGCCACUCUUCCCCCUCCUCCUUCUGUUCCUCUUCCCGCCACUCUUCCUCCCCCUCCUCCUACUGCUCCUCUUCCUGCCACUUUUCCUCCCCCCGUCCUGCUCCUCUUCCUACCACUCUUCCUCCUCCUCCUCCUGUUCCUCUUCUCGCCACUCUUCCUCCUCCUCCCCCUGCUCCCCUUCCCGCCACUCUUCCUCCCCAUCCUCCUGUUUCCCUUCCCGCCACUUUUCUUCCACCUCCUCCUGUUCCUCUUCCCACCACUCUUCCCCCUCCUCCUCCUGUUCCUCUUCCCACCACUCUUUCUCCUCCUCUUGUUCCUCUCCUUGCUUCUUUUCCUUCCUUUUGUUCUCCUCUUCCUUCUGUCAUCACUAUCAUUAUCAUCAUAGCUGUCACUUAUUAAGCUCUUCAGUUUAUCAGCUUUCCUUGAAUUCAUUCAGUUCUCAUAAUAACCCUAUAGCAAGGUACUGUUAUUAUCUCCAUCCUAGAGAUU